UCAAUAAUUAGACUUUUAAUUUGGCAGUAAUAAAACCUGUAAAUAUUACAUUUUAGAUGAAUUUCACCUUGUCGAUCUUUCGUAAACUUGAUUAAGUUUGAUAUCAAUAGUGCGCAAUCCGUUACACACAAGCUACCUUUUACCUCAGUUUUGAAAAACGAAUCAAACCUUACAAGUUUUUAAAGUAAAACACACACACACACACUGUGGUAAGGUUGACACCAAGAACACUCUUCUCAAUAUAGCAUACGGAUGCAAUUCAAAUCCGUAAAUAGCUACAUUACAUUCAUUGAUAAGAAAUACAAAAGCUACAAAAUGCAUGCAAUAUUCACAGCAAUAGUAAUUUACUCCUUAUCAGCGAGAGACGAGAUCUGGUAGCUCCGUAGCAUUUUGUUACAGUUUUACGAGUCAUUUUAAGCUGAGUAGGUGAAACCUCCAAACUGUUAAAUCUGGAUGAAACCAACUUGAUCCUGUUUUUCAAAAAAAGGAUGAGAAUCAGAACUGAAACUUUUGACUUUUCUGUUUGGCGAAGCAAAAAGCUUUUCACCAUUCAGAUGCUCCCAGAUUCACACGAUUAAUUUAGUUCUAUAGCUGAUCGCAUAAGUACAAUUCAUUGCAGAUUGUUUCUAUGGCAUUGGUGUUGGGUACCGUGGCAAUGUAAACAUCACCCGAUCUGGUCGCACCUGUCAGGCGUGGAACUCACAAUGUCCUCAUCGUCAUUGGCGUAUUCCUCAAGAUGUCACAGAUAGACAGAAUCAUUAUGACUUCAACAUGCGUCGUAAUCCAGAUAGCAGUGCCCCGGAUGGCCCUUGGUGUUAUACCACUGACCCUAAAGUUCGAUGGGAAUAUUGCAAUGUGCCUAAAUGUCCUCCAAGAGUUCCUGAAGAGUUGCCUAUUCCUAAGGAGUUAUCCUCUCAAUUCAACUGCAAUUCACAUUUCCUGGAAUGGCUUGCAUCCAUCCCGCCACAAAGAACAACUGCUGGGCUAUCGAGUGAGGUACAGACGCCUUGGCUCUCUGCUGUAUGAAGAAGCAAAUACUACAAGCAAUGUGACAGAGAUUGUUGUUCUCAAUCUUGUUGCACAGACGAAAUAUGAGAUUGAAAUAAAUGGAUUUAACGAAAUUGGACAUGGGCCAACUAGCAUGAUUCGGGUCAUAAAAACUUUGUCACAUGGUGAAAUAAAGCAACAUUUCAAUAAAUCUUCAAUUGUAAGAAUAUACGACGUGGAAAUUUUGCGGUUCAGUAAUGGAAGCGUGGAGGCAGACAUCAGGGUCCUCGCCAUUAUGAACAAAAACACCACCGACAAAGGUGAAGCCAUUGAUCAAUUAAUCAGCGGACUGGAUUUCUCAAUGGCGAAAGGACUUAAUGUUAUGGCCAUAGUAGUUCUUGAAAAACCUCCACCUCCUGAAGACUUGACAGUGACCAAUGUACAGACUCGGUACAUCGUGUUUGCCUGGGAUCAACCAAAACAUGGCAGCUUUUACCAGAUACACAACUAUACCAUAGAAAGAAAAGCAUCAGUCUCCGAGAACUUCACAGUAGUGAAGACACUGCCAUACGAUCAGACAAGAAUGACUUUAAAGGAUCUAGAACCUUCCACAGAGUACACCAUUCGAUUAUCAAGCAACAACAGAUAUGGACGGUCAGAUGGUGUUUUGCUAACCGAAGGAACACUGCCAGACAGAUUCUUCAGGAAUUUAAUCCUGAUCAUAGUGUUACCUCUGACAUUAGCUGCUUUGUUCAUCGUGGUUGUUUGCCUCAAGUUCAGACCAGCCUGUAAAUCGGGUCCUGAAAAAGAUGAGAUGGAGCUUUGGAUGCGGGGAGAUUGGGUUGAGAUUCGUAGAUCAGAUAUUACUCUUCAGGAGAAGUUAGGGGAAGGUGCUUUUGGGGAAGCUUACAAAGGUUUGGUACGGAUGGAUGGAAAAUUGAGGGAAUGUGCAGUGAAAAAGCUAAAAGCGAAUGCUACAGAACUGGAGAGGCGGGACUUACUAAACGAGCUUCAAAUCAUGGUGACAGUUGGUGACCACCCUAACGUCAUAAAUCUUUUCGGUGCUUGUACAAGGAGUGACUCAAUGUUGGUGGUCGUUCGCUUGGCUGAGAAUGGUUGCUUGUUGCAUCAACUGAAGAAAAGCAGAGGAAAUCCAUACAUUAACGUUGAAGAAAAACAGGUGUGUCUCUCAGAUAUGGACAAAACCAGGAUCGCAAGAGAUGUAGCCAGUGGAAUGUUGCACCUGUUUAAUAAAAAGUGUGUUCAUCGUGAUCUUGCAGCAAGAAAUGUGCUUCUUGGCAAGAAUAAUGUUGCCAUGGUUUCUGAUUUCGGCUUGUCACGUGAUGUGUAUGAGAGUGGUGAAUACGAAAAUACAUCUGGGGGAAUGUUACCAGUUCGUUGGAUGGCCCUUGAAUCACUGGAGGAUUAUACUUACAACACUAAGACAGAUGUGUGGUCCUUUGGUGUGCUACUAUGGGAGAUAGAAUCCGGAGGUAAAAUGCCGUAUUCCGGUCUUGGAGGAAUGGAGGUUGUGGAAUUUAUUAAGUCAGGAAAAAGAUUAACAAAACCGGAAAGAUGCCCAGAUGAAAUAUACGAGAUCAUGAUGUUAUGCUGGCGUCCAGACCCCUCAGAGCGGCUUUCAUUCGCCGAGCUUGUGACGUCACUUGAGCUGGAGCUGCACAACAGAGAAGAUUCCUUGAAGGUUGAAAGCCUUGAAGUUGAAUCUAAAGGAAAUAUAACUUUGGCAACAUAAAUCGAGGAUCACAAAGAGAAUAAUGCUAUGUAGAUUAAAUAACUUAUAGUGGUAGUAAGGUUGACUUGGGUAAUUAAAUAUGAAUUGUAAGUAGUAUACAGAAAAUAAGCAUUACCACCGACCCAUCACGGUUCGGCGCAUGUGCAAGCUUUGGUGUGUCAAAAAGGCGGCAAUCACAUACAGACUCUAAUUUGGGCGAGCUAAGAGAGCUAAGUGACUGAUGCCCAAACUUCUCCAAGGAUAAUUUUCAGACUGAAGGUUUUAUUCUGCCGGGACAUACACGAAGCUGAGUGACGCGUGGGAUUCGGAAGCAGAAGUAAUUAUUAUAUCCUGUUGUAAGUAAAGUAAAUGUUGUGCCGUAUUGUAAGGAGAGUAAAUAUAAUCCAAAAAUAGCCAUAUGUAGAGUUUAACUGCCAUUUUCAUUUGAAAAGGUCGGUUGCCGUGACUGGUAGAUACGAUCUAAUUUUGAAAAAUAAAGAAAAUUUGAAGAAAGCGAAAACUAAUUUUGACCAAAUGCAAAGGUGUUAAGGUGAAGAAGAAAAAAAGAGUAAUAGAGGUUCACAAUGCCCACCAUUGAUCAGCUCCAGCCGUUUUAUCAUUUAAACCAAGGCAGCUGAUGAGUUGAAUGUCUUAGUUUUCUAACAUCAGUGAAUUUCUGGCAGUAAGAUCUAGAAACAGGUACCAGCACUGAGAUCAAAAGCCUGAAUGUUAACUGGCCGGAAGGCGCACUUCAGGUUGUGUGCGCGGGGGAGGUGACAGGACAAGUAGUUCUUAGCCAAGCGUUCUAAACAUGUACUUUGGGCACAUCACGUACUCCAACGACAAAAAAACCUUCACAGGACAAACUAAGUAGGACUAUUUGCUGAUUGAAUAUGCUAUCAAAGGCACGUGCGUGGUGAUUCCUCGCAACAAGAGGUAGAAACAGUGAAAUUUGCGUCCCAAAGAAAGGAAAACUGAAAAUUAGUACAAAUUAAGGAUUUGGCAAUGAUGAUGCCUUCAGCAGGGAAGGAAGUAAACUACGUCACCACUUUUUAGAAUAUAAUUUGACAGGAGUCGCUGUUUCUGUUAUUUGGUUUACAGUAUUUUCAUAGCCUGCUUUAAUUUUUUUGUAGUGGAAUCGUGAACGUGACUAGAUGGACAUGAUAGCUGCAACCUUAAAUGUCAAAUUGUUUCUAUUUUUUCAAACUGAGUAAAGUAAAUAACAUAAGUACCCUC